AUGCAGACCCUUACCGAAAAAAAACCACAUCUCAAUAGGUUACCGCCGACCCCCUUCUGUCAGGCCGUACUUGAAGCCCAACAGAGUUGGCUCACACAACAAAAGUUGGCUACCCUAACAAAGUUGGCUAAACCUCCAAGUCGAGCUCUAGCUGCUAUUACGUUCGUUCCAAAAUAUCUUCGCUCUUGUGAAAUACCAUUGAUUCCUCCUACUCCAGUAUCAAAAGAAAACCAGUCACAUAGUAAUUUUUCGAGUGUUUUCACUUCAUCAUCUUCUAAUUGCAGUACUUUUGUUCGUAGAAGAAGAUCUUUUACGUCUGCUACAUUACCUCAACUUACAGAAGAUCGUACUUUAAAUUUUGAUAAAACUCACGAUUUUCGAUUUGGUAAUAUUGAGAUUGAGUGGUUUGAUAAUAUUGAAGAGAAUAUGAACGAAGAAUCAAAUGAUAAUGCAGUUAAUAAUAAUCACAAUGGAAACAAACAUGAGACAGAGUCAUCUUCAGAGAAUAUCUUAUCUUCAUCUAUAAAGAAAACUAAAUCUAGUAGUGAAAAAACUACUAUUUCUCCAGCUGGUGAAUUUAUUCCAUUAAAUUCUGGAAAAACAAAUCUAAGUUAUGGUAUAUUACAUCUUUAUCGUGAUCCCAAAGAAAUUCCUCCUAAAGAAGAUCACGCAAAUGAUAAUUUGAAUACUCAUAAUGUUAAUUUAAAAAGUUCUGAACACAAAGAAAGCAAUUCAGUUGAGAGUGAAAAGCGUGAUGAUCUUCCUAGUCUUGGGAACAACGCAACAAUAUUGGCUGUUUUAGCUGUUCCAUCAUAUAUGACAGCUUCUGAUUUUUUAAGUUUUGUUGCUCCAGUGAGGAAAUAUGUUAGUCACUUUAGAUUUAUAAGAGAUUCAGCUCCGAACAAGUUUAUAGUGUUAAUGAAGUUUCGUCAUGCACGAGCUGCUAAAGAUUUUUAUAAACAAUUCAAUGCUCGUCCGUUCAGUUCAAUGGAGCCCGAGAUAUGUCAUGUCGUAUAUAUCAAAUCUAUCGAGUUCAAAUCAACUUCCACUCCACCAUAUGCUUUUCCUUUUUUACAUGACCCAUUUUUACCUUUAUCAAGCGAAGUCGAUACAUCAUCUAUGCAAGAUGAUAAAAUCAAGCAAAGCACUUCCCCGUUACAUGAACUUCCAACGUGUCCCGUAUGUCUUGAAAGAAUGGACGCAUCUGUUACAGGAUUACUAACAAUUUUAUGUCAACAUACAUUUCAUUGUAAUUGUUUAAGUAAAUGGGGUGAUAGCAGUCAGAAACGCAAUUAUUAUGAUACUUCGCUGGAGCAAAAUGAAUGUGGCGUUUGUGGAGCUACAGAAAACUUGUGGAUAUGUUUAGUUUGUGGCAAUAUUGGAUGCGGACGAUAUCAAGAAGCUCACGCAUAUUGUCAUUAUAACGAAACCUCACAUUUAUACGCUUUAGAGUUGGAGACUCAAAGAGUGUGGGAUUACGCCGAUGGUAAAUUAGUGGAAUUACCCGGCCCUGAUGCACCAUCUAUGAUACAACAGCAAAGAAAUGAUCAAGCUAAUCAGGACAAACUUGAUGCCAUUGGGUUAGAAUAUAGCUAUCUUUUAUCGACACAACUUUCAUCACAACGAACAUUUUACGAAGAGAAACUUGAUUCCGUAACAUUACAAUUAUCAAAAUUGACGAAUCAAUAUCAUAAGCUAGCAAAUGAAGUUUCUGCUUUGAAACUGGAUAACGAUAAAGUUCAAAGAGAAAAGGAAACAUUGGAAAAAGAUAAGAUUCCAUCAUUGAUAAAAGAGAAGAAAUCUGUCGAAAGGAAAGUUGAGAAAUUUAUUGAAAAGUCCGAGAAACUGGAAAGAGAGCUGAAAGAUGAGAAGGAGAUUACCAAAUCUCUAUUAACAAAACAGCAAUACUUGCAAACGCAACUUGAAGAUAAAGAUGCUAAAAUCAAAGAUUUUGAAGAACAAAUAAGAGAUUUGAUGUUUUUUCUCCAAGCACAGGAAAAAAUAAAAGAAAAUCCUGAUAUAGUUGGUGGUGAUGUAAUUGUUCCAGAAAAUAGUAGUGGAAGUGGUAAAAAGAAAAAAGGCAAAAAGUGA